GGUAUAUCACCUAGACAGUCCUACUCUUCCUUCUUCUCUGGCUGGCUGCGUGUGAGAUAUACAGAAAGAUAGUACAAGAUGACGACCGUGCAGAAAAUCAAGGAGAUAGAAGAUGAGAUGGCAAGAACGCAGAAGAACAAGGCCACUUCAUACCAUUUAGGCCUCCUCAAAGCCAAGCUCGCUAAGCUUCGACGUGAGCUAAUCGACCCCAAGACUGGAGGUGGAGGAGGCGGAGGGCUCGGGUUCGACGUCGCAAGGACUGGUAUUGCCAGUGUUGGAUUCGUUGGCUUCCCAUCUGUGGGAAAGUCGACAUUGAUGACCAAGUUGACGGGCACUUUUUCUGAAGUUGCAGAGUAUGCGUUCACGACUUUGACAACAGUACCGGGUACCUUGAAGGUACAUGGUGCACCGAUACAAAUAUUAGAUCUGCCUGGUAUUAUUGAAGGAGCGGCUGAUGGUCGAGGUCGAGGAAAGCAAGUCAUCGCCGUAGCGCGAACAUGCAACCUCAUAUUCAUUGUGCUCGACGUGCUGAAGCCACUGGGUGACAAGAAGAUUAUCGAGGGCGAAUUGGAAGGAUUUGGGAUUCGGCUCAACAAGAAACCGCCAAAUAUUACUGUGAGGAAGAAGGACAAGGGCGGGAUCGCUAUCAGCAAUACUGUUCCCCUGACGAACCUGGAUCAAGAUGAAAUCAAGGCCAUUUUGGCAGAGUAUAAGAUGUCCAAUUGCGAUAUUGUCGUCCGAGAGCCUAACGCAACGCCGGAAGACCUCAUUGAUGUCAUCGAAGGCAACCGAGUGUAUAUACCGGCAAUCUACGUACUCAACAAGAUCGACGCAAUAUCUAUUGAAGAGUUGAACCUGCUUUACAAAAUCCCGAAUUCCGUGCCUGUCUCUUCACGGGAAUGGAUGAACGUUGACGAGCUCCUUGACGUCAUGUGGGACAAGCUUGACCUGGUGCGCGUGUAUACGAAGCCUCGAGGUUUAGCACCGGAUUACAGUGAACCUGUCGUCCUCCGACGGGGAAAAUCAUCAGUAGAAGACUUUUGCAACGCCAUUCAUAAGGAAAUCGCUAAGCAACUGAAGUAUGCGUUGGUUUGGGGAGCUAGUGCCAAGCAUGCGAGAGGACAAAAGGUCGGGCUGGAACAUAUUUUGGAAGACGAGGAUGUCGUUUGUAUCUAUAAGAAAUAGAUUCCUCAUUCAUGUAUCCAUUAUUAUGAUUUGAUGUACAACCAUGAUAAAC